AUGCAGACUAAUAAUAGUCAAACUCCACAACCACCACCACAAACACAACAAACAUCACCACCUCCACAGCAACCACCACAAACAACAACAACAGUACCACCUCCUAAUUUACCAACUGCAGCUAUUUCAUCAUCAUCAUCAUCAUCAUCAAUAAAUAUAUCAAAUGAGAAAAUAAAUUUUGAGUCAUAUGCAAAAAAAUGUCAAGAAUUAAAUAAUAAUAGCGAAUGGAAUCAAUUAUUAGCGUUGGUAACUGAAAUUAGAGAGAAUAUAGAAUUACUUCAUACAAUAGAAUAUCCCACAUUUUUAAGUUUUUUAUUCCCAAUUUUUUAUAAUAUACUAAAACAAGGAGCAGUUCAAUUUGUUGAUAAUACAGAACAAAAAAUUAGAAGUACCAUUUUGGAUAUUUUUAAUAAAUUACCAAAUAAUGAAUACCUUAGAUCAAAUGUUUUAGCAUUAUUACAAUUAUCAAUGUAUUUAUUAGAGGUCGAUAACGAAGAGAAUGGUUUAAUUUGUCUUAGAAUCAUUAUAGAUUUACAUAGAAAUUAUAGAAAUUCUCUAGAGGGUGAGGUACAAUCGUUUUUAAAUAUUGUAUUAAAGUUAUAUACCGAUUUACCCCAAGUCGUUGAAAAAGUAUUUUACCAACCACAAUCAGCAGCAGCAGCAACAUCAUCAACUACUUCACCAUCACAACCAGGUACUACCGCUACUACCACAAUCCAACCACCAACAACACCACCAACCGCAUCAACUAUUAAUCCACAAACACCUUUAGCACUGCAACCAUGUAAUAUAAAAGGUAUUGAAUCAUUUAAAGUUUUAACAGAAUGUCCAAUCAUCGUAAUUCUUUUAUUCCAACUAUAUAACACAUAUAUGAAUACAAACGUACCAAAAUUUAAACAAAACAUUAUGGAUACCUUAUCAAUUCAAAUUCCAAAUAAUGUUUCAUCCCUUCAUCACCAACAAUAUGUGGAUUUCGUUGCGGCUCAAGUUAAAACACUUUAUCUUUUGGCUUAUAUAUUAAAAUCAAAUAAAAUUGAUCAAACAGAAAAAUUUCCAAAAGCUGUUAUUCAAUUACUUCAAAAUUGUCCACCACACUCUUUAGCGAUCCGUAAGGAAUUAUUGGUUACAUUGCGUCAUAUUCUUUCAUCAGAUUUCAAGAUUAAUUUCUUACCAUUCCUUGAUACGUUGUUAGAAGAAAAGGUAUUAUUGGGUACAUCAAAGACAAGUUACGAGUCAUUAAGAUCAAUGGCAUACGGUUCAAUGGCAGAUUUUAUUCAUAAUGUUAGAAGCCAUUUAACUCUGGCUCAAGUUUCAAAAGUUGUUUCAAUUUAUUCAAGACAUCUUCAUGAUUCAAGUAAUCCAUUAUCGAUUCAAACCAUAUCAGUUAAAUUGAUAAUCUCUUUAAUGGACUCAGUAUUACGUAGAAGUGAUCCACCUGAUGUAAAAUGUAGACCAAUCAUUUAUAAAAUGAUAGAUUCAUUCAUUAAUAAAUUCUCUUCAAUUAAACGUACUAUUCCAAAAUUAUUAGCUGAUGAUCAAAAAGAGAAAGAACAAAAAGAUAAGGAACAAAAAGAGGGAAAGUUAUUAUCAGAUAGUAGUAGUGUCCCUCCACCAACAACAGUAACCUCUUCAAUUCAACAACAGCAACAAAUAAGUGAUGGUGCAAUAGUAGAUCCAAUUAAAGACACCAAAGUAUUGUUUAAAACUAUGGUAUCAAGUCUUAGAACUAUAUUUUGGGGUUUAAGCCAUGUUUGUAAAGCAAAUAACGCCCAAGUUGCUGCAGCUCAAACCGCACCAAAUACUACUGCUUCUCCUACUUCACCAAAUGCUGCACAACGUUUUGCACUAACACCACUCGAAGAGUCAUUAUUGUUUAUAAAGUUAUUUAAGAGUGCAACUAAGUGUUUCCCAUUAUACGCAGAUAUUAGUUCGACUACUCCACAAGAAGAAAAAGAAAUUAUUGAACAUUUAUCAUCUUCAUUUGUUAUUUUAGAUAAUCGUACCUUCCAAGAGGUUAUCAGUUACGUUUUGCCCUUCCUCUAUAAUAAAGCAUUGGAAUAUCCAUCAUUAUUGCUUGUGGCUCAAUAUUUCCUCUCACCAAAUGUCGUAAUUCCUAGUAACUCUAGUAAUAGAAUCUUUUUAGAGAUUUUAACUCCAUUCCUCUUUGAAAAAUUCAAAAAUCUUACACCAGCCGAUAGGCCAGAUAUAUGUUUAAUUCGUCUUACAAAGUUAUUAUUUGGUACAGUUCACAGUAAUUCAAUAUUGGCUAUGCAACCAGGAACAACUACCCAGCCAAUGGACACAUCCACCGUGCAACAAUUACUCUCAAGCAUUAUUUUAAUUAUACUUAAAUUAAUUACUGAAUCAAGACAAAUUGAUUCUAUUCAAUACCUUUUAUUAUUAAAAUCAAUUUUCCGUAGUUGCACCAGACCUGACCAGAGCAAAGAAAUUACAUUACUUAUUCCAGUAAUUCUCGAAACUCUCAAUGAUUUAUUACAUUCAAGCUGUUACCCACAACCAGCUCUUCAAUUAAUUAUCGAACUUUGCCUAACAAUACCUGUCCAAAUUGUAACACUCUUACCAACUUUAUACCUUUUGGUUAAACCUUUAAUGAUGGCACUAAGUUCAAAUUCAUCAGAUUUACUCAUUACUACAUUCAAGAUUUUGGAAUUAAUUGUCGAUAAUGCAACUGGUGACUUUUUAUUAUUCACUUUUAGAGAGAAUAAGACCGAAUUCCUUUCUUGUAUCUAUAGACACAUUAAACCAACACCUUAUUUCUUUGGUCCACAUGCAAUUAGAAUAUUAGGUAAAAUGGCUGAUAUUGAUCCAAAAUCAAAUGUUUUCAAAUUAGAAUUACCAUCUCCAACAACAACAACAACAACAGAUGAAAAUACUGGUGAUUUCUCAAUCUCAUUAGAUAAAUCAAUUACAACAAUUAAAAAUAUACUUUUAUAUAAUAAUGAUGAUUCGUAUCUUCAAAAGAAUGCUUUUGCUUUAUUAAAAUAUUAUAUAAAUUUAUAUUUAUUAAAUGAAAAAGAUCAAUCUCAACAAAUUGAUUUUACCAAAUAUCAAGAAACUUUAUUAUCAGAAUUGGAAGAAAGCUUAAAGAAUGUAAACAAUGAUAAAACUAUCUCAACUGUAAAUUCAAAUAUUAUUGUUGAAUUUAAUUCAAAUAAAGAUAAUGAAAUGGUUAAUCAAUUAUCAUUAGCAAGUUUAAGUAUUUCACAAAUGAAUAAUGACCAAAAGCAACAACAACCAAUUGACUUUAGUAAUAUCAAAAUAUUUAAAACUAAAGAUGAAUAUUUAAAUGAAAUCAAAAAUUUUAAAGAUUUAAUUUACUGUUUAUUUUUAUCAAUUUCAAACGAUACUUUAAAGAAUCAAUUCGAUAGUUUAGCAUUUUUAAAUAAUUUUAUUUAUCACUUUGUUUUAUAUUUAUCAUUAUCAUCAAAUAGCGAAAAAACUUUGACAAUAAAUGAAAUUGAACCAAAAGUAUUUUUACAAGCAUUAAUAGAUGUUAUUUCAAUUUCUUCAUAUAAUAUAGUCAACAACGAGGCCAUCCAACAACAACCACAGUCACCAUCAUCCGCAUCAAUUUCAACCAUUACUCCUUCUUUAUUAUCAACAUCUAAAUUUACAAGUGAUCAUAUAAACUCCAUUUUAGACAUUAUAUUCAAGUGCUCCAAUGAAAUUUAUUCAACAUUGAAUAGUAAUAGCAAUAAAGAAAGUAAUGAAAACAGUAGUGAAAAAAUGGAAAUUGAAAGUACUGUUAACCAAGAUGAAAAAGAUGAUGAACUAAUUUCGCCAAUUUAUAAAUAUUUAAUUGAAUCAUUCAUCCAAAGUUGUUACGAUAAAGAUUAUUCAAUUAAAGGUGCUGGUUUAAUUGGUAUUAGAUACAUUUUGAAUAAUGUAAAAAUAUCAUGGAUCAACAGAUAUCAACAUUUAUUAGUCAAGGCUAUAUUGUUUGUAACUGAAGAUUUAUCUUAUUCCGGCUAUCAACCAUAUGUCGACUAUGCUUCAGAUUUGAUUACCAGUUUAUUAAAGAUUUGCGUACCAACUUUAACUGCCCCAGAGAAAAUGGAACAAGAGGAAUCAAAUGAAACUACAACAACAACAACAACAACAACUACAACAUCAUCAUCAUCAUCAUUACCACCAAGCGAACAAUUAACCCAACCAUUAGAGUCCCCACCAACUGCCUCUGCUACUACUACUGCAUCUACUACUACCGCUUUAAAUCAAUCAACAAAUAUUUCACCAAUACCAGAAAAACCACUUAAACCACAUUGUACAUUAAAUCACCUAAAUUCAAAAGAUAGAGCAAGAUUAAAUUUAAUUUUAGAAUGUUUAAUUAGUAAUAUUGUAUCACCAUCAAUGCACACCAGACAAAUAGCUCAACGUUUAUUAUUAUUAGUUGCAGAUGAUAUCACCAAAAUCCCAAUUCAUUUAUUGAUUGGUGAUGUCAAGGAUUGCAUCACAAAACUUUUACCAAAAACUUCACUAAAAACUUUUACAAUUUCGUUCCAAACUGGUCUUAUAGAGGGUUUAAAUUUCUGCCUCACCCAAAAACCAACUCUUUUAGAAAUUAAUUCUGAUUCUGUGCGUGUUCUUCAAGAAUGUUUAAAUGUAGCAGGUGAUGAAAACUCAACCAAUGUUCAAACGAUUAAAGCAAAUUCCGCUAGAAACAUUGCAUUAAUUAAUAAGCUUAGAGUUUCAGGUGUCGAAUUGGUCGCUACAUGCAUGUUGGUACCAGAGUUUUUAACAUAUGAAUGUACAGAUUUUAAGAAUCGUAUCAUAAGAAUGUUCUUUAAAGCAGUUACUGCUCGUAAUAAAGAUAUUGCAUCCGCAGCUAAAAAAGGUCUUUCAAAUUCAAUAUCUCAUCAACGUAUCCACCGUGAACUUCUUCAAUCUUGUCUAAGACCUGUGUUGGCAAAUUUAACCGAUCCAAGACACCUAUCUGUACCAUUUCUCCAAGGUCUUUCAAGAUUAUUAGAGUUGUUAAGUAAUUUCUUCAAUGCCGCAUUGGGUGAAAAGCUCUUUGAAUACUUAAAGAAAUUUGAUGAUCUUGGUAAACUAUCAUAUGCAGUAAACAAAUAUAAAGACUCUGACGACGUUAAAAUAUGUGCCUCCAUCAUUGAUAUCUUCCAUUUAUUAUUAACUGCAGCCAAGCUUUUAGAAUCAACUAUUCAAUUGACCAUAAAGCUCGAGCAAGGUCUUUGCAAAGAAGUGACCAGUCCAUUCCGUGAACCACUAGUAAGAUUCUUGGCUAAAUAUCCAACAAAAACUAUUGAAAUAUUUAUGGCAUCGCCACAGUACAACAUUGUAUUUAGAUUAAUUUUAAAACAAAAAGAAUUGUCUAAACCAAUUCUUGAAGAGAUGGCAAAUACAUAUUCAACAUGGUUGGAAUCAAACCUCAAAUCUAGUAAUCCAGAUACCCGUUAUCAUAUUAUUUCAAUUGUAAAUAUAAUUAGAAAAUCAUUACCCAACUGGUUACCCGAAAAUAGAAAGGUUUUAGAUAUUUUAAUUGAAUAUUGGAGAAUUCUCAGUCAUUUACUUCAAAAUACAGCCAAUCCAGCAGAUAUCACAAAUCAAACAUUAAAAGAAACUAAAAUUUUGGUAAAAUGUUUUAUUCAGUAUUGCAGAGCCCACAAAGAGGAAACCGAUCUUUAUUUCUAUAUGCUUUCUGUAUUAUCAGUUAAAUCAUAUAUGGAUUUCAAUUUCCUUCGUGAUUUUUAUCAAAACGAACUCAUUGUACAAUCUUCAAUCGAACAAAAAAAGAAAAUUAUUACAACAUUUUUAAUUUUCUUCAAAGAUCACACUAUCCCAUCUGAUAAUAAAGUUCAAGCCAUUCAAAAUCUUAUUAAUCCAAUAUUAACAGCAUAUUUCACUAUGGAGCCAUCACAAAGAGCCAUCGAAGAUAUUGUUUUCCUUCAAUUAACAAAGCAAACCUUAGAACCCGAUAUCAAGAUGAACGAUGAACUUUUAUUAAUCGAAUUGCUCCAAAUGGAAUCUAUUCUCUUUAAGAAUAUGGCUGGUGCAUUGGGUGAAUGUCGUAAAGAAUUAAUUAAGUUUGCAUGGAGUCACUUAAAGAAUGAAGACAUUAUUGUUAAGCAAUAUGCUUCCAUUUUAACUUGUGGCUUUAUAGAGGCUUAUGAAACCCCACCAAAGAUUAUUCUUCAAAUUUUCGUUUCAUUUUUGCGUUCCUAUCAACCUGAAACCAAACAAUUGGUUAAACAGGGUUUAGAUCUCUUAUUACCAACCUUUAAAUUACGUUUCCCACCUUGUGACCCAAAGAACAGUGCUUGGAUUAAAUGGACAAAGAAAAUCGUAGUUGAAGAAAGUCAUACAACUGCUCAAUUAGCUCAUGUAAUUCAAUUAAUCGUUAGAAAAUCCCAAUACUUUUACCAUAAUCGUUCUCAAUUUAUUCCACAUAUGGUACUACUAUUACCAAGAAUUGCAUUAGGUUCAAAUUUAACUUCUGAAAAUAAGAAACUGGCUUUGGAUAUUGCUGAAACAAUAUUGGUUUGGGAAAGAAUGAGACUAUCAAAUUUACAAAAAAAUCAAAAGUCAAAUAUUAAUACCUCAUCAUCUGGAAUUCAGACUCCACAGCAACAAUCAUUCAAUCAACCACCAUCAACUCCAUUUGCCGAAGGUGUUACAACACCAAGUCAAAACAUUUCAACACCAAAUGUAUCAGAUUCAUCAAUGACCCAACAAAAUACACCUUCUGAUGAUGACUAUAAACCACCACAAAGUGCAAUUGAACAUAUUUCACUCUUUUUAAUUCGUAUGUCUACUGCUUGGCCAAAUAUUAGUGAUAAGAGUACCGAGCUUUUAAGACAAUAUCUUACACUUUGGCCAGAGGUUAAUAUUAAAUUCUCUGUUUUCGAAAAACCAUUAAACAGUCCUGAUCCACCAGUCGUCUCAACUGCUCUUUCAAUGAUUAAUUUGGUUGCAGAGUUCCAUAUCAAUACAUUUAUUCCAAAUAAUAUUGUUUCUCUUCAACAUUCAUUGUUACCAGCAUUAAACAACGAUAACCCAAAGAUAUCUGGUCACCUUUGCUCACUAUUUAAAAAGAUUUUGGUUGCUUUCCCAAUUAGUAAAGAGACUAUCCCAUCAGAAAUCAGUUCAUUCUAUAAAUUUAUUUCAACUCAAAUCGAAAUGAUUUUAGGUUCAUUUGAAAAGAAUUACAAUCUAUCAAUUUUAUCGAUUAUUAAAAUUUUCAAGGACGAAGAUGAAUCAUUUAUUGAUCCAUACAUUGGCUUAUUGAUUAAAGUUUUGGUCAAGCUUAUUAAAAACUAUUUAAAUACUGAUGAAGCAUCAACUGGAUCUACUACAUCAGCUAGUGGUUCAACAACUGCCGGUACAAAUACAAUCACAACAACUUCAAGCGGUGCUAUUGCCUCUGGUGGAACUAUUCAAAGUAAGCCACCUGAAAAUGCUUCUUCAACUCAAAAUAAGAAAUCAAAUUCAGAAAUAAUUCAAAGUUUAUCAAAAACAUUUGAAUUUUUAAAAGUUAAAACCUCAAAACUUAAUGAUGAACAAAAGAAAACUUUAAUCCAAUCACUCUUAGCAAUCAUUGAAAAAUCAAAUGAUAUAGAUUUACUCAAAGAUGUAGUUUCAGUUAUUGAUGAUUUAAUAAAAUUAUCUCCAAGCGACACCAAUACCAACUCGGCCUCUAUUUCUACUGAUACUACCGAACCAACAGCAACCAAUCCAAAUACCCCAUUCCUUAGCACAAAAGAAAAAGUUAAUUUCUUAUUCAAGAUGAGCAGAUUGGAACAAUUAAAUAAUCAAGAUUUAUUCUUAUCAUAUUAUAAUUUGGUAUUAAAUCUUUACAAUGACAAUAAUACAUCAAAACAAGAAAUUUCUCAAUUAGAGCCAUGUUUUAUGAUGGGACUUCGUUGUAACGAUCCAAAGAUUAGAAAGUCAUUCUUUGAAAUUUUAAAUAAUUCAAUUAGCAAAGAUCCAUAUCAAAGAUUAAAUUACAUCGUUUCAAUUCAUCAAUGGGAUACAUUUGGUCUAUCAUAUUGGAUCAGACAUGCUGUAGAUUUAUUAUUAGCCGUUUUGCCAUCAAACAAAUUGGUACGCCUAUCAAAUAGUUGUUCAAAUUUACCAAAAGUUUCAUUAACAAAGAAUUUAUUAGAGCAACAGUCAAAUGAUAAUGAUAAUGAUAAUGAAUUUAUAAAAUCAUUAAAAUUACAUUAUGAUUGGUUAAAUGAAAUAAGUUUAUCAACUUCAAACGAAUAUUCAUUAUUUAAUGACAAUAUUAGAGAAUUAAUCUUUGUAGAUCCAUUUUUAACAAAUGAUUUAUGGUGUUCAUUAUUUAGUUCAAUUUGGGGUCAAGUUUUAGGUAAAGAAGAACAAUUUAAAUUAACAAAAUCUUUAACAGUUUUAUUAUCAAAAGAUUAUUCCAGAAGAAUUCCAUUGGUUAAUAAACCAUCAUAUCCAACUAGUUAUUUAUUACCAGUACCAGUCAAAGCUUCUAGCCAAACAACUUCAAAUAUAGUUUCAAAUAAUCCAGCAUUACAACCAAUUAAUUUAGUUACAUUGUAUCAACAACAACAAUCUAACUCUGUUAUUGUGCCAUCAUUAAACGAACCAAAUGUCAUUAAAACAUUUAUUCAAUCCAUUGAUUCAUGUUCACCAAAUUCUCCAAAGAUUCCAGUUGAACUAAUUGCUUUCUUGGGUGAAAGUUAUAAUUGUUGGUAUAGCUCAAUAAAGUUAAUUGAAGAGCAUUUGAUUUGUAAACAAAAGGUGGUUUCAGAUUCAACAGAUAUUCAUUGGGAUUAUUUAUCAUAUCUCUAUAAAGGCCUUAAUGAAAAAGAUGCCCUCUAUGGUAUUUACAGAAAGAGAUAUCAUUGCGAUGAAACUAAAUUGGGUUUGCUUUUGGACCAAUUCUAUAUGUAUCAAUCAAGUCAAGAAGUGUUCCUAUCUGCUAUGAAUAAAUAUUCAUUGGUUGGUGCAAAACCAACACCAAAAAGUGAAAAUCUACUUUGGGAGGAUAGCUGGUUAGAAUGCGCCAAACGUUUAAAUCAAUGGAAUUUCCUUUACGAAUACUCUAAAGAAAAGAAUCUUUAUGAACUUAGCGCCGAAAGUGCUUGGAAGAACUCACAAUGGAAUCUUAUUAGUAACAGUAUUAAGAGAACUACACUUCAAGGUGAUUCAAGUAUGAAAAAGAUUAUGAAUGGUUAUUAUUUAACUCAUGAUAAGAAAUUUAAUGAAGUUGAUCCCUUAAUCGUUUCUGCAAAUCAAAUGAUUUUAGACAAAUGGGUAUCAUUACCAGAAAGAUCGAUUAGAGCCCACUCACCUUACUUGGUAGAAAUGCAACAAGUAGUUGAAUUACAAGAGUCUGUUCAUAUUCUCAAAGAGAUUGCAACUGUUUCAACCUUACCAAGUACUGAUCCAAGCGUUAGUAGUAGAGCUUUUCUCACCUCAAACUAUAUUAAAUCAAUAUUUGGUAUUUGGCGUGAACGUUUACCAAAUAAAGACGAAGAUAUUAAAAUUUGGUACGAAUUAUUACAAUGGCGUCAACAAUUAUUUAACACUAUUGCACCAUCCACACCUGCCGGUGCCGAACAACCAUCUCCACCACUUCCAGGUUCCAUUGAGUAUGCUUCAUCAAAAUAUAUGGUUUUAGAAACUGCUUGGAGUAUGAACAAAUACUCUCAUGUAGUUAGAAAGUAUAAUAUGAUUGAAGUUUGCUUAAAUUCGUUAGGCAAGAUGUUUGAUCUAUCAAUCGAACUCCACGAUAUCUUUUUAAAUUUAAAAGAACAAAUUAAAUGCUACCUCCAAUUACCAACUCAUUAUGGAACCGGUAUUUCUAUAGUCAACAGCACUAAUUUAGAUUACUUUAACCCACUCCAAAAAGGAGAGUUCCUUCAACUAAAGGGUGAGUUUUUAAAUCGUUUAGGUAAUUUCGAUGAAGCCAAUCUUUCAUUUGCUACUUCGGUAAAUAUUUAUGAAAACUUUGCAAAAAGUUGGAUUAGUUGGGCUCAUUUCUGUGAUAAUCAAUUCACAAAUCACUCUGUAAAUACUCCAAAUAUAACCUCAAGCUCCACCCCUGACAUUAAGUCGCAAUGGGCUGAAUCUGCCAUUAGUUGCUAUAUUCAAGGUAUAAAAUGUGAUCCAAAAUAUGGUUCCAGAUAUAUUCCAAGAAUAUUCUGGUUAUUAAUGUUAAAUGGCUCUGGUGAGGUUCCACAAUUACCACCACCAUCUCAGCAACCAACACCUCAACAACCACCAUCACAACAACCAAGCCAAACUUCAGAAACAUCAAGUACUUCUACCACAACUGCAGAUUCCUCUCAAACUACUGCACAACCACCACAAAAGAAGAUGACAUCAGCACAAGCAGUUUUCUCCGCAUUCUUAAAUUCAUGGACCAUUCUCCCACAAUGGGUUUGGAUUAAUUUCGUUCCACAACUUAUUACAGGUGCAAUGAACCUUGGCAACUUCCAAGGUUAUGGUUUCCUUUGUUGGCAAAUGAUUGGUAAAGUUUGUUAUUUAUAUCCAAACUCAACAUAUUAUCAUUUCAGAAAAUUAGUUAUUGAAAUAAAAUCAAAUCCAUCUUUUACUCAAAAACCAACUCCAGCUACACCAUCAACAGCUCCAACUCCAACCCCAGCUCCAACCCCAGCUCCAACAGCUGAUAACUCAACAACUGAAGGCUCAACAACAGCACAAACAACCGCACAAACAACAACAGCAACAUCCACUGGUACUUCAACAACUUCAAAUCCAACACCAUCACAACCAACACCAAUUCCCCCUCUUAAAAUGGCAGAUUCUCUCUCUGGAGGUUUAAAUCAAUUCCAUAGUUGUCUAAUUAAUGAAAUUGAUAUAAUGUUAAAUAUUAUAACUACUUUAUCGAAGAACUUACCAGCAAUUUACCAAUUUAAUGCAUGUUUACAUAAAAUUAUCACUGAUUCAUUUAAUAACGAAAUGAUUACAAAAGAUAUCAAAGAUAUGAUAAAAACCUUACAUAACCAUUUCUUUAUUGAAAAUAUUCAAUACCCAAAUAGUGAAGUAUUUGUAGAAAAAUUAAAGGUAGAAUUUGAAAAUCAAUUUAAACAAUAUAUUGGGGAUAAUUUGAUGGACACAAAUGAAGAAACAAUUAAUGAUUUAUUAAAGAAGUUAAUAGAUUUUAACGAUAGACCAAUCGAUCCAUCAUUAGUUAUUGUUAAAUACUCUAACGGAACAAGCAAUUAUUUCUCAGAAGGUGUUCAAAUUAAUAUCGAAUCAAUCUCUGAUCAAAUAUUAGAUUUCAAACCAAAUGUUUUAGAAGUACCAGGCCAAUCAAAUCCACUUCGUGAUCCAAAUACAGAUUUUAAUGUUAAAGUUGAAAAGAUGUCAAUCUACGCUAAAAUGAUUAAACAUUCAAAUGGUUUACUUUGUCCUCGUAUUACAUUAUUUGGUACAAAUGGUAAAUCAUAUAAUUAUUUAAUAGAGUCUACACCAGUUUUAACAUUCGAAAAGAUUAAAGCUCCAUCUCGUUCAAUUGAAAGAAGAUCACAAUUAUUAGGCUCAAUUAAUACAAUGUUAAUGAAGAAUCGUGAAACUAGAAGAAGAGGUAUUACAUUUAAUUCAAAUCCACCAAUCAUACCAAUUAAUCAAAAUAUUUCAUUAAUUCAAUGUAUCGGCAAUGAAAACUUUAAAACUUUAUCAGAUAUUUGGUAUGAUAAUUCAAACCAAACCAAUAUCUUUUAUCCAAUGCUCAAAUAUAAAGAGAAACUAUCAAACAAAACCACAACUGCUAAUAUCAACAAUGAUGGUGAUCAAAUGUCAGUUGAUGAUGACGAAAAUAAUUCUCCUGGUAACUCAACAAUUUUACCAUUUAGAGAAAUGCUUAAAGAAACUGGUGAUGAUUUAUUUAUCAAAUUUAUCGAUAAGAUGUUUUCAAACUAUCAGGACCAAUACGAAUUUAAAUUACAUUUUGCAACUCAUUUUGGUCUAUAUUCAACUUUACAAUAUUUGUUCUUCUCUGAUAUCGGUAAAAUCUCACCAAGCGAAAUUUACUUCAAUAGAUGGAGUGGUUCAGUCUUUUAUAGCAAUUGGGAAUUGAAUUUAACCGAUCGUAAACAAAAUUUUGACCUCUUAAAAGAUAGACCAGAAAAUCAAUUACAACUCUUACGUUUAUCACCAAAUAUUAGAAAUUACUUGGGUCCAUUUAUUAUUGAGGGUAGUUAUCUUGCAUCAUUAGUUGGUACUUGUAUUUGUAUUUCGGAAUUAAAGGAUCAGUUUGUAAACUUAAUUAAUCUUUACAUAUUCGAUGAAUAUUUAUGUUUGCAUAAUGUAGAGCCUUUAACUCAAACCGAGCAAAACAAAGAUAGACAUAUCCAUUAUGAAUUUAUUGAACGAACCACCAAAACCGUAAAUCAAAUGUUAGAAAAUAGAGUCGACUCUUUAACAUCUACCAAUCAACCAGAUAAAACUUUAUUCAUCUCACCAAUAGUCAAAAAAGUUAAUGAAUUAAUACAAAACUCCUUAACUUCAAACAUAUCAGAAUUAAACCAAAUUUCAUGCCCAUGGCUUUAA